UCAGACUGCUGGAUAGUACUUUCACUUCUUAACUAGUGGGACCAGUUUGACACUCAGAUCAAAUGAAAGAGACGGAGUUGAGGAAUGUCAGUCUAUGGAGGUGGAGGCAGAGGAGGAGAUAAAGCCAAUGGUAUAUAUAUACAUCACCUGCGGAGCUUUACGCUACCAGCUGAAGACAAACUGAGUGAACACAACAUCCUACAUCUCAAAGAGAAGCCUACUUUGGAAGCAAUGGCAGAUGAAAGCUUUAAAAAGGAGUUUCUGGAGGCCCAUAACGAGUACAGGAAGCAGCAUCAAGCCCCAGAGCUGACGUACAACGAUGAGCUGUGCAGCGCUGCUCAAAAAUGGGCGGAUCACAUGUUGAGCAUCAGAACACUGGGCCACAGUGAAACGGACGACGGGGAGAAUGUGUAUUAUUUCUCCAGCUCUGUCAGUAAACCAGCCUCAGGGAAGGCGGCUGUAGACAGUUGGUACAGUGAGAUCAAAGAUUACAACUUUAGCACACCAGGAAAUCAGCCUGGCACAGGGCAUUUCACCCAGGUUGUGUGGAAAUCAUCCACAGAGCUCGGAGUAGGUCUGGCUACUGAUGGAAAAACAGUUUUUGUCGUUGGUCAGUACAGACCUGCUGGAAAUAUGAUCAACGCUGGUUACUACGAGAAAAAUGUUCUACCUAAAAUUGAAUAAUGAUGGUUUUCUGUCCUGGGUUUGUCUAUUGCUAAAUGUAAACAUUUAUGAUUUAGCAGAUGCUUUUAAUUCAAAUUGACUUACUUCACCACAACCAGUUUAAAUAUGAAAGAUAGUCCUAAAAUGCAUUGUGGUCAAAUCCUGUGUGUUUUAAUAAAGUCAGUGCAUCAUA